AUGGAGGUUCAAGAGCAGGAAGAUUCAAGGCAUGCAUAUUUUAUGAAGCAAGCUUUGUUGAUGGGCGAGAAAGCGCUCGAGUCUGGCGAAACGCCAGUUGGAUGCGUGUUGGUCCAUCAUGAUAGAAUAGUGGGUGCUGGAAUGAAUGACACCAACAAAUCUAUGAAUGGUACAAGACAUGCCGAGUUCAUCGCCAUUGAAGAAAUGCUCCGGAGCCACCCCAAGUCAUUGCUCCGCUCGACGGACUUGUAUGUCACAGUCGAGCCAUGCGUAAUGUGUGCUUCCGCUCUAAGGCAGUAUCAAAUACGAGCAGUCUAUUUUGGUUGCGCCAAUGAUAGAUUCGGGGGCACAGGAAGCAUUUUGUCAUUGCAUUCUGACUUCACGGUAGACCCACCAUAUCCUGUCUAUGGAGGAUUAUUCCGCAAAGAAGCAAUAAUGUUACUUAGGCGCUUUUAUAUACAAGAGAAUGAGAAAGCGCCAAAACCACGGCCAAAAAAGAAUCGAGAACUCAAGACGAUGCCCGAAGAGGAUAACGCUCUGAAUCUUGCGUCUUAG